AUGCCCAGCCCGGUGCCGCGAGGCCGCCGGCCGCCCACUCCCCCCGACGCUCCGGACCAGCCCCCGCGCUCAGGCGGCUCCCCCGCGCCCCAGCACCGCCCGGCCGGGCCAGGCACACCCCGCACUCCCGGACGCCUCGACUCAUCCUUCUCCGUCGAGGCCAUCCUGGCCAGGCCCGCCCGCCGCGCGCCCGCGCCCACCCCACUGGCUGUGUCCGCCCGCGCCGCCGCGAGGCUCGGCUCGGCUCCCUCCGGGUUUCCCACGACGUGGCUGCCAGCCUACCUGGGCGUGGGUCUCCUCCAGCCGUGCCCCCAGCCGCCCGGGCCGGGGCUCCGCGUGGCUCACUUCUGCGGCCUCCAGGGCCUCGGCGUCACAGGCUUAGAGCUGGCUCACUGCUCAGGCCUCUGGGGCACCCCAGACUGGGCUCCAGCAGAGGAACUUCAGGACACUGAGAGACCCCAAAAGAGGGUUCGGACUAUGUUUAACUUGAAGCAGCUGGAAGAGUUGGAGAACGUGUUUACAAAGCAGCACAAUCUUGUGGGGAAGAAGAGAGCUCAGCUGGCUGCCCAGCUCAACCUUACGGAGAAUCAGGUGAGGGUUUGGUUCCAAAACCGCAGGGUCAAGUAUCAGAAGCAGCAAAGGCUGAAGCUGCCAGCUAUGUCUGCUGUGGCUGCCUCCCAGGAUGAGCCCUCCAGCAGCUCUGACAACAGCGUCCAGAGAGAAGACACUGAGUCAGGAGCGGACAGCUGAGGACUGGGACAGAGACUCAACCAAGGCUGUCUGGGCUAGUUCUUGGGUGCACCCACUGGAAUUACUGAGCCUAUUUUCUUCAUCUGUAUAAUGGGUACAUUGACAACUUAGUCCUCCCAGAGCUGACAGGAUAUCUGUAAAGUUGUUACAGUGUGCCAGGCCCAGGCCUAAGUGUUCAGCAAGUGUUAAUGUUUCUAGGACUCCUUCACGUGAGGGUGUGGUGCUUGCACCAUUACUGGCCUCUCCAGGGAUUAAUCUUUUCCUGGCCUGGAUGUGGAGAAGAGGCCUCCUUGAAUCAGGGUCUGGGCCUAAAAGCC